UCCUAGCCAAGUAUGAUGAACUCAAAUCUAAAAAGUAAGUCAACAAAAUCUAUCGAGUUCCUAGCCAAGUAUGAUGAACUCAAAUCUAAAAAUAACAGAGAACUGGACCCUUUUGUGUUUCUCCUUUCCAAACUGUGUGAGGAGGAAGAGACCAAGGAGUACCUUGCUAAAAAUGCCAAAGACAAAGCUGAUAAAUCUGGUUUGGCCCUGGCCUCACAUAGCAGGGUCAUUUCACAGCUGCCCGCCCCUGGGGCAAAAAUCACCAUGCAGGAUUUCACAGAGUUGAAGGACACACUUUUUAAAGAAUCAAAAAUGAUGACUGCAACUACAUCGUCAGAAAUAUUAAGGAAAGCCCUGCAGGAGAAACCAAACAAACGGAAUGUAAAUAUUCCUCCUCAGCCAGACUGGUUGUUUAAGAGACCUUCCCUGACCCUGGACUUCAUUGUGGGAGUAGAUGAACCCUCUGAUCAAAAUAUUGUUCCUCUAAGCAGCAUGAGUGUACCAGCUCAGGAGCACGCCAUUCUGGAUGACAUGUUGAACUGUAUGCAGGGGAUUGAGGGUAAAUACAUCCUGGCUCGAGCUCUGACAGAGAGGUAUGCUCCAAAGGAAUUCAUGUUGGACCAAAAUCUGGAUCCAUCUCUACAAGACCUUGUCAGAAGAAUUCUUCCCUUGUGUUGUAACUACUCUACUGUGGUGAGGUUUAUUGAAGAGAAAUCAGCAUUUGAGUAUGGACUCGUCAACCAGGCCUUAAGUGCAGCCAUGAGAACUCUUAUCAAGGACUACAUGGUUCUUGUAGCACAGUUGGAACAUCAAUACAGAUUGGGUAAUCUGAGUUUACAGAAGCUGUGGUUUUACAUUCAGCCAACCAUGAAGACACUGGACAUUUUGGCUUCUGUGGCAAACUCUGUCAACAAGGGGGAGUGUAUAGGAGGUGCAGUCUUGAGUCUCCUCCAUGACAAAACUAGUGGAUUAGUUGGGGAUUCAAAAGGACAGGACCUUUGUCUUUACCUUACACAGUCAGCCUCCGUCCCAUACUUUGAGAUUCUGGAGAAGUGGAUUUAUAAAGGAAUCAUCUCAGACCCUUACUCUGAGUUUCUUGUGGAGGAGAAUGAGACGAUUAACAAGGAGAAGUUACAGGAAGAAUACAAUGAUGCAUACUGGGAAGGCCACUACACGAUCUGUCGGGAGCGGAUCCCAGUAUUUCUAGAACAGGUGGCCAACAAAAUCCUCAACACCGGAAAAUACCUCAAUGUCGUACGACUUUGUGGUCGUGAUGUGCAGUGUCCUUGCGCUGAAGAAAUUGUGUACACAGUGAAGGAAAGGAAAUACUAUGAACAAAUAGAGAAGGCUUAUGAGUACUCUAGUAAACUACUGCUAGAAUUACUAGUGGAAGAGAAGGAACUGAUGGCCAGAAUUAGAUCCAUUAAGCAUUACUUCCUGUUGGACAAGGGGGACUUUAUUGUCCAGUUUAUGGACAUGACAGAGGACGAGAUGAGACAAGAUAUGGAGAACAUCACCCCCACACGUCUAGAGACCUUACUGGAACUGGCUCUUAGGACCAGUACAGCUAACAUUGACCAGUUCAAGGACGAUCUCAGAGUGGAGUUGCUUCCAUUUGACCUUAUCACACAGCUGUUUAAAAUCCUUUCCAUAGAAACAAAGAAAGAAAAAGAGUAUAAAGUAGACCCAACAGACCUACACCUGUCUGGACUUGAGUCCUUCUCCUUUGACUACAUGGUCAAGUGGCCAGUGUCUCUGGUUCUUAACAGGAAGGCCCUUAUCAGAUACCAGAUGCUGUUCAGACAUCUGUUUUACUGUAAACAUGUAGAAAGACAACUUUGUAGUGUUUGGAUCGGUAACAAGGCAGCCAAGAUGUACUCCCUCCACUCCUCUAAGUGGUACCUGGCCGCUUUCGCUCUCCGCCAGAGGAUGCUCAACUUUGUCCAGAACUUUGAGUACUACAUGAUGUUUGAGGUGGUGGAACAAAACUGGCUCGUGUUCCAGCAAAACAUGGAAAAUGUGUCUAACAUAGAUGAUGUGUUGGCGUACCAUGCUGAUUUUCUGAACACUUGUAUGAAUGACUGUAUGUUAACAGACCCUGACCUUCUGAGGAUUGUACACAAACUGAUGGUGGUUUGUGUCACAUUCUCCAACUUCAUACAGAGAUUGAGUCUGAGCACAGCUGUGGAGCCGGAGAGCAAACCAACACGAGAGAGUUCUCUACAGGCCAACAGUAAAGAACACAGAGAGCAGGCCAUCAAAGAGAAACUCAAAACAAAGGUAGGUCUGAGUACAGAACUAGAGAGUAAACCAACACGAGAGAGUUCUCUACAGGCCAACAGUAAAGAACACAGAGAGCAGGCCAUCAAAGAGAAACUCAAAACAAAGAAGUUUCUUUCAUACAACAUGGAUGUUGUUGCAGAGCAUGUAGAUCUAAUGAUGGCCAGUGAGAACUUUGAGAGGACAAUUGCAAACUUUGACCACAACUUCUCUGGCAAACUGAUAGAUUUACUGAGGAAAAUCAUGGACCUGAGUUCAGAAAGUGGACACCUGAAACUGCUUAACAUUCUCUACAGACUGGAUUUCAAUGGUUUCUACAAGGAAAAGUUAGAAGCCAUGUCAGCAGAGAAGGCUAUGAUGGAAUCUUCUAUACACAGUACAGAUUCUGGAUCCACUGGUUCAUGGCCGACGUCAUCAUUUACGUCACAGCGUCCAGAGACGGCUCAAUACGUCCCAAGUAUCCACAAACAAAGACCAUCAUCUAACUCAUCUAGUUAAGAAGGGCUGACCAGAACAACACAAGUACUAACAUUGGAAAGAGAUAAAGAAACUAAGAUAUAUUAAAGUUCAUUGUUGGACUCAAAUAACUUAUUGCAAUGCACAAUGCAAUUCCAUGUCACUGGUAUGUGCUUGUAGAUGUUAAAGGAAACAUUUUUGAAAAGUUUUCUUACGAAAAAUUGUAUAUGUGGGAAGUGAGAACUAUGUUAAUCUGAGUAAUAUAUUUGAAGUCAUUAGCACAGUAUUGAUGAGAUAUUCUUUUAUUAAGGAAUAAUUGGUCUUUUUAUAUUAAUAAAGA